GGGGCAGCCGCCAGCCUGCCCGCGCCGCCGGGCUCGGGGCGCACCGAGCUCAGCAAGUACGGGCUGCCCGGGCUGGCGCAGCUGCGGAGCCGCGAGUCCUACGUGCUGUGCUACGACCCGCGGAGCCGCAGCGCGCUCUGGGUCAUCGAGCAGCUCAACCGCGACACGCUCAGCGGCGCUUCCGACCGCGCCGCCUGCGACUUCCAGGAGGACGACUCGGUGCACGAGUAUCACCGCGCCACCAACGCCGACUACCGCGGCAGCGGCUUCGACCGCGGGCACCUGGCGGCCGCCGCCAACCACCGGUGGAGCCAGAAGGCCAUGCGGGACACGUUCUACCUGAGCAACAUCGCCCCGCAGAAUCCUCAUUUAAACCAAAAUGCCUGGAAUAACCUUGAGAAGUACUGCAGAAGCUUGGCAAAAAACAACAGGAAUGUCUACGUCUGCACAGGACCUCUCUUCCUGCCCAGGAUGGAGGCCGAUGGGAAGAUGUAUGUGAAAUACCAGGUGAUUGGGAAGAACAAUGUGGCUGUCCCCACCCAUUUCUUCAAGGUGCUCAUCUUGGAAAAGGAGAGUGGGGAGAUUGAGUUGCGCUCCUAUGUGAUGCCCAAUAGCCCUGUGGAUGAUAAAAUCCCUCUGGAACGGUUCCUGGUUCCCAUUGAGAGCAUUGAACGAGCCUCAGGGCUCCUCUUUGUCCCAAACAUCCUCAGGAGAACAAAUAACUUGAAAGCCAUCACAGCUGGAAAGCAGUGAGCCCUGACUAGAACAAAUCCAGGUAACCAGAAUGCCAGUCACCUGCAGAACCACAGUUCCUUGUGCAGUUGCAAAUGUGGGAAUUAAGAUUCAAACCUGUGCUUCUCUCUACCCUUCCCCUUAUGUGUAACUGAAACACAGACACACAGCAGGGCUCCAGAGUGGCCCUGCAGGAGGCUCAGGGCCUGACACUGUAGUAGCUCUCUGAAAUUUGUCCCUAAUCCUCUGCUGCCUUGGAGUUGAGGCUCAUUCAGGUACAAAGGGAAGUCACAAACUGUUGCUGUUUAGCAGGGAAGGAGGGGAGUAAUGGAGGAGAGGAGAAGUUCCUGCCUUCCUGUGGCCAAAGAACUGUACAAUUCUUUCAGAAGAUGGUUUUAGCAGUAAAGCUUUGAACACCCAUGGUAUUGGUUGUUUCUUA